AGAGCCGAAGAUGUCGGCUCGGUCAUGUGAUCAGCUGUGUCCAAUCACAGCUGAUCACAUCUAUCACAUGUGCACUGAUGAUCAGUGUGCCCUGAUGAUCAGUGUGGCCCCAGAAUUGCCACCUGUCAGUGUCCAUCAGUGCCAGCAGUCAGUGCCACGUGCCAGUGCCCAUCAGUGCUACAUCAAUGCCACAUAUCAGUGCAUACCAGUGCACAUCAAUGCCACAUAUCAGUGCCCAUCUGAGCUGCCUUUUAGUGUCACCCAUCAGUGCCAGUCAGUGCCACCUAUCAAUGCCAAUCAUUGCCACCUAUCAGUGCUGCCAAUCAGUGCCACCUAUCAGUGCCAGUAAGUGUCACCUAUCAGUGCGCAUCAGUGCCGCCUAUCAGUACCAGUCAGUGCCGCCUAACAAUUCC